AUGGCUUUGCCUCUUGUUUCCGUACCAAACGAUGUAUCUGCCUCAGGACAUGAACAGCGUUCGCCUCGCGCAGCUCGCUGUGCCGACAGCGGUCUAGCAAACGACGCAAAGGCCCCUUUCCCUCCUGGUCCGCCAGGUGUUCCUCUCCUGGGCAACACCCUCGCCAUCGACGCGGAGAAGCCGUACGAGACGUUCGAGGCGUGGACGAGGGAAUACGGCGACCUGGUAUACUGCCGCCUCUUCGGGCAAGAUACGCUCGUCGUCGGCUCGGAGAGCGUCGCGCGCGACCUACUCGAGCGCAGAUCGAGCAACUUCUCGGAUAAGACGAUGCUCGGCGCGGCUGAGCUACUAGGCCUGGACAGGUUGUCGGCGUUCGUCCCCCACACGGACCACUGGCGGCUGCACAGGCGCGUCUUCCACCAGGCCAUCCGGCAGGACGCGGUCGCGCGGUACCGACCCGCGCAGCUGCGCGCUGCGCACGAGCUGUGCCGCAACAUCUUCCUCGCGCCGCGCGCGUACGUCGAGCAUCUGACGCUGCACGCGGGCGCGAUCAUUCUCGCGACGGUGUACGGAUACGACGUGAGCGGACGGCACGACGACGCGAUGCUCGCGAUCAUCGAGCGCGCGAACGAGCACGUCACGGGAAACGGGACGCCGUUUGUGUUUGCGAUCUUCGAGGCGUUUCCAUCGCUUGCGCGCAUACCGAAGUGGCUGGGGCCUGUAGGCUCCCUUGCUCGUCUUGCGCACGACUCGAACAAAUACGUGUCGGAUAUGGUGGAGGUGCCGUUUGUGUGGGUGCGCAAGACUAUGUCAGAGGGAUAUACGACUGUAACGUCGUCGAUGGUGUCUGAUUCUCUGAGGAAGUUCGGUGACGAAGAUGGGGCUGUAGACAUAGAAACAGAGAAGGCAAUCAAGGGCAGUGCUGCCGCUGCUUUUACAGCUGGGACCGAAACAACAUUCGCAGUCAUCCAGAUCUUUAUCCUCGCGAUGAUCCGGCGCCCAGACGUGCAGCGCCGUCUGCACGCGCAGCUCGACGCUGCCGUGGGAAGCGGCUCUGAUGGGCGUCUCCCGACGUUCGAGGACCGCCCACAGCUGCCGCUCCUCGACGCGGUCCUCCGCGAGACACUGCGGUGGCGUCCAGUCGUCCCCGUGAACUUGCCGCACGGCGUGAGCGAGGACGACGUGUACGAGGGCUGCUUUAUCCCCGGUGGCGCAGACGUGAUCGUAAACACCCACGCGAUUCUGCACGACUCCGUGCUCUACCCCUCUCCCGACACGUUCAACCCAGAUCGGUUCCUCGAUCCCUCCAGCGGCGCGCUGGACGACACGAGCGCCGCGUGGCGCCGCGUCAGCCUGGCCUUCGGGCUCGGGAGGCGCGUGUGUCCGGGGCGACAUCUCGCGGAGGGCUCGAUAUGGGCCGCGAUGGCGUCGCUGCUCGCUGUGUUUGAGUUCGGGCCGCCGCGGGACGAGCAUGGGAAGGAGGUGGAGUUUGAUGUGAAGUGGACGAGCGGGAUGGUUAGGCGGCCGUUGCCCUUCCCCUGCGAGAUCAAACCGAGGUAUGCGGGUGUACUCGAGAAGAUCGAGGCUGAGUUGAUGUGAUGGCCGAGUUGAGAUGGGCUGGGUGAUUCGAAGCGACUUCAGUUGACUAUGUGUGUCUAUAAUACGUACUAAUAUGUGUUUUUCCUACGAUAAAAUGGACAUUUUACUUUGCAGAAACAUCUCAGUUCAAGGAUAUUCAGGAAGGAACGACGAAGGUGUUGUAACUAUGCGUUGGUAAGAUAGGCAAAUCAUAAAUAUCUGGGACGACUCGGAGGUCCCUGUUCAGCAGCGAACAGCUACGACCGUGGCCAACACCUACGCCUUUACUGCCUUCACUUUGUCCAAGCCAGCAAUGAACUUUGCAGCUUCAGCGGCCAUCCCGUUGUUCCCGUACACAAAGUGUGCUGGGAACACCAAAGCCCGUUGUAUGUCAGCCAGCGACGUCGUCAGAAUAGGGAGCAAUGCAUCCGCGACCUGCUUCGGGAACCGCUCAGCGAUGCUCGCAGCCGCCUGAGCCUCUUCGACGCCUUUGGCGACGCUCGGAAGGUCCUUGAUGGGACCCGUGAUACCGUCAAUGGUCGUCGGGAUCUUGAAGUCUGCGGGAAGGUCCGCGCACAAGGGAUCGAGGUUGUCCACAUCGGUGACACAGUAUCCCUUGACGUCUUGCACAGGGAUAGGUGGGGUGGUGUUAAAGAACAGCGGCCACGGGUCGCCAAACGUGACGAACCCCGCAACACGACCGAGCGUCGCGCCGUCGAGCUGGUCCAGCGCC